CAGGGUCAGAAUCAUCUUCCCUCAUGGAUGGCCUGUGGAAUGAAGAUUGUUAAAGCUACUGCUGAGUCCAUGCUGACUACAGGCUUUCCUUGAUUUCCCAUAGAAAGUACCAUCCAUCCUUCCUGAAAGAAAUUAUUCUUCCUUCUGAAAAUCAGACUCUGGUCAUGAGAUGAAACCAUUCUCUCACCACCUCCUGUGGAUAUUUCACUUGUCUGACUUCACCAUUCAUCUCCACAGACUACAGAAAGACAUGGGAGAGACCAAAAACACAUCCCUGGACACCAUCGUGACGGGCUUCGUUCUCCUGGGCUUACCUCACCCCCCCAGUCUGAGGACCCUCCUCUUCCUGGUCUUCUUCAUCAUUUACAUCCUGACUCAGCUGGGGAACCUGCUCAUUCUGCUCACCGUGUGGGCUGACCCAAAGCUCCACGCUCGCCCCAUGUACAUUCUUCUGGGCGUGCUCUCAUUCCUGGACAUGUGGCUCUCCUCAGUCAUUGUCCCCCGGCUACUAUUGGAUUUUACUCCUGCCAGCAAGGCAAUGCCCUUUGGUGGCUGUGUGGCUCAACUGUAUUUCUUUCACUUCCUGGGCAGCACCCAGUGUUUCCUCUACACCUUGAUGGCCUACGACAGGUACCUGGCAAUAUGCCAGCCCCUGCGCUACCCCGUGCUCAUGAAUGGGAGGUUAUGCACCAUCCUCGUGGCUGGGGCUUGGGUGGCCGGCUCCAUCCAUGGGUCUGUCCAGGCCACCCUGACCUUCCGUCUGCCAUACUGUGGGCCCAACCAAGUGGAUUACUUUAUCUGUGACAUCCCUGCAGUAUUGAGACUGGCCUGUGCUGACACAACCGUCAAUGAGCUUGUGACCUUUGUGGACAUUGGGGUGGUGGCUGCCAGUUGCUUCAUGUUAAUUCUGCUCUCCUACGCCUGCAUAGUCCGCGCCAUCCUCAAGAUACGCACUGCUGAUGGGCGGCGCCGAGCCUUCUCCACCUGCGGCUCCCACCUAACCGUGGUCACAGUCUACUAUGUCCCCUGCAUUUUCACCUACCUCAGGGCUGGCUCCAAGAGUCCCCUGGAUGGGGCAGUGGCUGUGUUUUACACUGUUGUCACUCCAUUACUCAACCCCCUCAUCUAUACCCUGAGGAACCAGGAAGUGAAGUCCGCUCUGAAGAGAAUAACAGCAGGUGGAAAGGCCACCAGAGAAAACAAGUAACUACAGGCCCAGGGACUUCCUGCCUCACCAUUGCUACCACACCUCUCAGCUUCUGCUACGUGUGGCAAACGUUCAAAAAUAUAUGUUGGCUUAAGCUGAACUGGAUGUAAUUCUACUAAGAAGCUUCUAGUGCUAUAUUUAACCGCAAUAAAUUGGCCAGAGCUGUUUUAUACUUUUCCGAUCCACCUCUCAGGAGAAAGCACACUCUACACAAAUGUUGAAUAUGAGGAGUAAUGCCCCAUCUAGGAGGAGGGGGAUAUUCCAGAAAAAUUGGGGAAUACCAGUAUAAUGCUACCCUACCACCCUCCAUCCAUUGCUUCAGUCAUAAUUUCCCAAGCCUCUAGGCACUUGGAUCGCUUUGCUCACAUCAGGGAGAUGAAUCACCUACCAACCUGGAACGUUCACUUCAGAAUUUUAAGUGAGAAGAAAAUAAACCUCUAAUCCUUUAAAUCAUGGAUUUGUUAAUGGAUUACUUUAUCGCAGGAGCCUUACCUCAGCCUUAUUAAUA